AUGGAGAACAUAGUGCGCUUCUUAAUCAUCCUCUCCACUGUUUCCAGUGACAAUGACCUGGACUGGAACUUUUGUGGCACAUGGCGCCAUGGCAACAACCCCCUGAGCCUGAACCUCAACAUCUCUACUGGCUGUAAAGGAAUCUCCAUUUCAGCCAAUGAGAGCUUUCUGUCCAUCAACGGGCAGAUCACAGCCCAGUGUAGGAGAUCUGAAGUGAUUACCUUCAAGCACCUUGGACUUGAGUCAGGAGGGGACAUCAAUUUCUGUCUGGACUGGGAGCCACUGCUGGACCAGUUAAUGCUGACAGUAGGAGAGAAGAAGCUUAUUCUGUGCUCACCUGCAAGCCUGCAGGAUUCCUGCUGCACUGACCUGAGUGAUGGCCCAAACACACAAGAAGCAGACUACGGCAUCCUCAAUACCAAGAUUAAUCAUGGUUUCAUCACUGACAAAACACGGAUGGCGUACAACUUUCAAGCGCAUUCCACCAACUACACAGAAUUAUGUGAACAGGCGAAACGGGAAUCCGGCCCCAACAAGUGUGCUGAGCCUCCAUUCACUUACAAAUCUGAUGUGGAGAUGAAGAAAGAUUUCAAAGGCCGGAGCGUCACAUCACCUGCCAUUGCUGGUAGAUCUGUCAAGUCCAAUAUCACUGUCCACCUCCCUGCUGCCUUAAAACAAGCUGUGAAAAAUGUUAGCAAAGUAACCUGCACUUUCUUCAAGAACAUCUCCCUGUUACAGGAGGCUCACAAAACUGCCAAGCCUAUCAAUGAUGUGGUGGAAAUCACGGUGGAGAACGAGAUCAUCAGUAAUCUGCCUGAAUCCAUUAGGAUUGAUUUUUACCAUGAAGUCGUACCUGAAAGCUAUUUAAGGACAUGUGUUUCUUGGGACACUAGAAAAGAUUCUCUGCAGGUGAACUGGUCAAAUGAUGGAUGUGAGACACAACAGAAAGGGGAAAAACACACUGUGUGUCUGUGUAACCUUACAACUUACUUCACUGUCCUGGUGGACCUGAAGUCUCGAUCAGUGCGCCAGCCCCUGGAACUCACUGCCAUUCGAUAUGUAGGCUGUGCUGUAUCUAUGAUCAGUGGUUUUGCCCUCAUAAUUUAUCUUGGCAGAAAAAAGUACUCCCAUGAAAAUAUCUAG